AUGGGUCAAAACCAAUCUGGCAUGGGCGGUGCCGGCGAUGGCAGGGACGACAAGGACAAGAAGAAGGACAAGCCCAAGUACGAGCCCCCGCCGCGGCCAACCACAAGGAUCGGUCGCAAGAAGAAGAAGGCUGCCGGCACCUCUGCCGCUGCGAAGCUGCCCGCCGUAUACCCCACAAGCCGAUGCAAGCUUCGCCUCCUCCGGAUGCAGCGCAUCCACGACCACCUGCUUCUCGAAGAGGAAUAUGUAGAGAACCAGGAGCGCUUCAGGAAGCAGAAGGCUGCCAAGGAUGCGACCGGUCCCAUCCCCGACCCCGAGGCUGGUGAUCGCAACGCUGAUGAGCGCGGCCGCGUCGACGACAUGCGCGGCAGUCCCAUGGGUGUCGGCACACUGGAGGAGAUGAUUGACGACGACCAUGCGAUUGUCUCUAGCACGACUGGCCCAGAGUACUACGUGAGCAUCAUGAGCUUCGUCGACAAGGACCUCCUUGAGCCUGGUGCCUCCGUCCUGCUUCACCACAAGAGCGUCUCCAUUGUCGGUGUCCUGACUGACGAUGCCGACCCGGCCGUCAAUGUCAUGAAGCUCGACAAGGCGCCCACAGAGUCUUACGCCGAUAUUGGUGGUCUCGAGCAGCAGAUUCAGGAAGUCAGAGAAUCAGUGGAGUUGCCCCUGUUACAUCCUGAGCUCUACGAGGAAAUGGGCAUCAAGCCUCCAAAGGGUGUCAUUCUCUAUGGUGCUCCUGGCACCGGCAAGACAUUACUGGCCAAGGCCGUCGCCAACCAAACCUCUGCCACCUUCUUGCGAAUCGUGGGCAGUGAGCUGAUCCAGAAGUAUCUUGGUGAUGGUCCCCGUCUUGUGCGGCAGCUCUUCCAGGUUGCUGGCGAGAACGCACCUUCCAUCGUCUUCAUCGACGAAAUCGACGCCAUCGGUACCAAGCGAUACGACUCCACAUCUGGAGGUGAGAGAGAGGUGCAGCGAACCAUGCUGGAGCUGCUCAACCAGCUUGACGGUUUCGACGAUCGUGGCGAUGUCAAGGUCAUCAUGGCCACCAACAAGAUCGAGUCGCUGGAUCCCGCGCUGAUCCGCCCUGGACGUAUCGACCGCAAAAUUCUCUUUGAGAACCCCGACCAAAACACGAAGCGCAAGAUCUUCAACCUGCACACAAGCAAGAUGAACCUGAACGAGGACGUCGACCUGGACGAGUUCAUCACCCAGAAGGACGACCUAUCGGGAGCAGAUAUCAAGGCAAUCUGCUCCGAGGCGGGUCUCCUUGCCCUACGGGAGCGCCGCAUGCGCGUGCAGAUGGCCGACUUCCGGGCGGCAAGGGAGAGAGUGCUCAAGACGAAGCAGGAAGGAGAGCCCGAGGGCCUGUACCUGUAG